CGCCCUCCUCGUCAGCCGGGCUGGGCCUUGGAGCUCUCCGGCGGGCGGGAUCGGAGCCCAGCCCCGGCGCGGCUGCGACAUGUCCGGCAAGAUCGAGAAAGCAGACUCUCAGCGCUCCCACCUGUCCUCAUUCACCAUGAAGUUGAUGGACAAGUUCCAUUCGCCGAAAAUCAAGCGGACGCCAUCCAAGAAAGGGAAGCAGCCUGACCUCGUGGUGAAGACCCCUGAGAAGGUGGUGAACAAGAAUCUCACCUGGCUGGAGGAGAAAGAGAAGGACGUGGUGAGCGCCCUGCGCUAUUUUAAGACCAUCGUCGACAAAAUGGCGAUCGAUAGCAAGGUUCUGGAGAUGCUCCCGGGAUCCGCCAGCAAAGUGCUGGAGGCCAUCUUGCCCCUGGUCCAGGCGGACCCACGGAUUCAACAGAGUUCUGCCAUCUCGUCCUGCUACAGCCGUGUGUACCAGAGCCUGGGCAAUUUGAUCCGUUGGUCCGAUCAGGUGAUGCUUGAGGGCAUCAACUCCGAAGACAAAGAGGUGGUGAACACGGUGAAAGGAGUCAUUAAGGCUGUUCUGGAUGGAGUCAAGGAGCUGGUCAAGCUCACCAUUGAGAAGCAAGAGCACCCGUCUCCAACUAGCCCAGUCAAGCCCAGUUUACCUCCGUCUACCUCGGACAGCCCGUCUGAGCUUCCCUUGACGGAUCGCGAGAUGGAGAUUCUCAACAAGACAACGGGGAUGGCUCAGACCUCCGAGGGGAUGGCCGACUCCACGGACGAAGAAGUAGCCCCUCCCAAGCCCCCCCUCCCUUGCAUCCGGGUGGCGGAAAACAGUCCUCCCCCUGCGUUGCCACCUAAGAAACGUCAGUCAGCACCGUCGCCUACUAGAGUAGCCGUUGUGGCACCCAUGAGCCGGACAACUAGCGGAUCCAGUUUACCCAUUGGCAUCAACCGACAGGACUUUGACGCGGACUGCUACGCUCAGCGGAGGCUGUCGGGGGGCAGCCAGUCCUACGGCGGGGAGUCCCCCCGCCUCUCGCCGUACAACAGCAUGGGCAAGCUCAGCAAGUCGGACGAGCAGCUGUCCUCGCUGGAUUGCGACAGCGGGCAGUGCUCCCGGAACACAAGCUGUGAAACGUUAGAUCAUUACGAUCCAGAUUACGAGUUCCUACAGCAGGACCUUUCCAACGCCGCCGACCAGCUACCUCAGCAGGUGACCGGAGCCCUCAGCCCGUUGCCGGAGGCCCUGGGGGAAUCCGGCUCCCCUUUCCACGGACGCACUUUCCAGCUGCCGGAGCAUGGCAGCCCCUCGGCGGCCCCGCAGACGGCCGAGACCCCGCCGGCCCUGCCGGAGAAGAAGAGAAGGGGGACGGCCGCCCCUCCGUUCGACACCUCCGGCUGCCGGGUCUUGUUUGAGAGGCAUCCCUCACAGUACGACAACAUUUCGGAGGACGACCUGCACAACCCUGCCUUGCUCCCGUCGAUGCCCUUCACGCCUUUUGCCGCCGUGCUGCCCUUCCAGCCGGGGAAUUCUCCCGCACCCGUCGACUUCCUGUCUGACUUCGCCGCCCCGGGUUCCGUGGGGGACUCCGAGAAGCCGCCGCCGCUGCCAGAGAAGAAGAACAAACACAUGAUGGCCUACAUGCAGUUUGUCGAAGACUACUCUGAGCCCCAGCCUUCCAUGUUCUACCAGACGCCGCAGAACGAACACAUUUAUCAGCAGAAGAAUAAGCACCUGAUGGAGGUUUACGGGUUCAACGACUCCUUCAGCAGCGCAGACUCCGGCCAGGAUCUGGCCCCGCCUCCUGCCCUCCCGCCAAAACAGAGGCAGCUGGCCUCUUUUGCCGCCUCCUCCUUCUCUUCUGUCUCCUACUGUGUCCAGCCACCUAAAGUGCCCUUCGCCCCCGAGGACCUCGGCACCGCUCAGGGCCUCAGUAUGUCCGUCUCUAAUUCCUUCCUCCACCAGCACAGCUCCUUCCCUGUGCACUCGUACAAAUCGGUGUUCAGGUCUUACUCCCAAGACUUUGUGCCUCGAAACCAAGUCUCCAUCCCUCCUUUUCUCUCAUCUACCUCUGCCACUUCCUCCCCGCCUCUGCCUUUUCCGCCCAUGCACCAGUCUCCGAACGCCGACCCGGCGGCCGCCCAGCCGCUCCGCGCUGUGGACGGGGCCUCUUCUCCUCCUCCUCCUCCUCCUUCUCAGGAGAGCAGCUUUAAUGGGACUGCUUCUGUCUGCCUUCCUUCCGAAACCUCUUUCACUGAUUCUCUCCAGACAUCUUCGAGUGAAAACGCCGGUGAGGAGGCUGGGGAGGGUGAAUACGUCAAUCUAUAUUCCUCCAGCCAAAGCAACGGGGAACUCCCUCACUCUGAAGGAGAGUCCCCGGCCAUCAGAGACGGUCACGUGAAGGACUCCGCCUCGCUGAGCAGUGCCCCGGGGAAGGAAAACCACGAUGAGAGCGAAAGGCAGCAGAAGUCGCCGGAAUCUUUGGCGUCCUCCCAGCUGGAAGAGGAAGUGGAUGAAUUGUCCCUCAUUGACCACAGUGAAAUCAUGGCCAGGCUGACGCUGAAGCAGGAGGGAGACGACGGACCGGAUGUUCGUGGAGGGUCAGGGGACAUUCUCUUGGUCCACGCGACGGAGACCGACAGAAAAGAUCUGGUGCUGUACUGUGAAGCCUUUUUGACUACGUACCGAACUUUCAUCACUCCCGAAGAACUCAUCAAAAAGUUGCAAUACAGAUAUGAGAAAUUCUGCCACUGUCCAGACAACUUUAAGAAGCGGGUCAGCAAAAACACUUUCUUCGUCCUGGUCCGAGUGGUGGACGAGCUGUGUUUGGUAGAGCUGACGGAGGAGAUCCUCAAGCUGCUCAUGGACCUGGUGUUCCAUUUAGUCUGCAAUGGGGAGCUCAGCCUCGCCAGAGUCUUGCGCAAAAACAUCCUCGACAAAGUCGAUCAGAAAAAAAUGCUCCGAUACACGAACUCGAUCAAACCUCUUGCAGCCCGUUGGGUAGCAGCCAGGCCCGGCACCCUCCAUGACUUCCACAGCCAUGAGAUAGCUGAGCAGCUGACCCUCCUGGACGCAGAGCUGUUCUAUAAGAUUGAGAUCCCUGAAGUCUUACUUUGGGCCAAAGAGCAGAACGAAGAAAAAAGCCCCAAUUUGACGCAGUUCACCGAGCACUUUAAUAACAUGUCCUACUGGGUCCGCUCGAUCAUUAUGCAACAGGAGAAAGCGCAAGACCGGGAGAGGUUGCUUCUUAAGUUUAUAAAGAUCAUGAAGCACUUACGGAAGCUCAACAACUUCAACUCCUACUUGGCCAUUCUCUCCGCGCUGGAUUCGGCACCGAUCCGUCGGCUGGAGUGGCAGAAACAAACCUCGGAGGGCCUGGCGGAGUACUGCACCCUGAUUGAUAGCUCUUCCUCCUUCCGUGCUUAUCGAGCUGCCCUUUCAGAGGUGGAGCCGCCUUGCAUACCUUACUUGGGCCUGAUAUUACAAGACCUGACCUUUGUCCACCUGGGGAAUCCAGACUACAUUGACGGCAAAGUCAACUUCUCCAAGCGUUGGCAACAGUUCAACAUCCUGGACAGCAUGAGGUGCUUCCAACAGGUGCAUUACGACAUCAAACGGAAUGAUGACAUCAUCUCGUUCUUCAACGAUUUCAGUGACCAUCUGGCUGAGGAGGCCUUGUGGGAACUCUCGCUCAAAAUCAAACCUCGAAACAUAACGAGGCGAAAGACAGACAGGGAGGAGAAAACCUAGAGGCGGGGAGGGUACCCGGAGGUUGUGGGCGUAAAGGGUUGCUGGGUGCUUGCACGGACGGCAGCCACACAAGACUUGGACCUGUGUCUGGCCAAUUCUCCUCUCCCCUCCUGGGCCAACCCCAGGUGUUGGGUUGUCUCAGCGAUGAGGCUGUGACCGUUGGGCGUUGCUGCCUUCCCAUCAGGCUGCGGGAGAGAGCUGCCAAGGCCUUCUGCUCUCCUGCUGCUCUGUGCCAUAGAUCAGCGUUUUGGUCCUGAAUAAGAGAGAGCACUGGAGAAUGGUGGAUCAGUGCCAGCGUGUUCCCACUUUGCCAAAUCUGAAGUUUUACUUGUGCUCUGGGAGAGAGCGAGAGAGACCCUUGCUUCUGUUUCCGUGCGCUACAAGAGGAGGAGAGAAAAGUGAAGUGGCCGUACCUUGCGCUGAACCACAUCCAGCUUGUGUGUAGCCCACCCAACCACGCAGGAUGGAAAAGCGUUGGUCGUCAGGGAUGUUUCCCCGUUACAUCCCCAAAGAGGACCAUCUCAUUAUUUUUCCACCCAAGAACACGAGGGAAAUGGGGGUGAUGUUACAUUCUCCCCUGAAGAGUUUGUGUUUACAGGGAUAUAUAACCGAAUGCCCCCAUCACCAAGAUGGAAAAGAGAGGCAGCUCCCUUCCUGGCAAUGUGCUCGUCCCCAAAUCCACGUAGAUCUUCAACUCAACUGGGAAUCUCUCUUCCUCUUUGACUCGGGAAACUGGGAUCGCCGAGAUCCUGUGGCAUCCAUCCCCUUGUCCCCGCUGCGGGGGCCAAGGGGGGGGCGUAUAAUUUAGUGAUGGUACUAGCUGUAACACAGUAAAUAUGUAGAAAACGAGGCCGUCUGUACAUAGGACUCUCUAGGCGCCAUUGGUCUCUUUUUGUUUUGAUGCAUGUCUGAAUUGCCAAUGGAUUUUUAAGAGGAAACUUUAAAAGUGCAAAGCAAUGUGUAUAGGAAAAACAAACCUCUACUGUGUGAAAACGGCAUCCAAGGUGUCAGGAUGAAGGAGGCUUGAAUGGUGUCAGCAGCUGAAGUCAAGUUAGGGCAUGAGGCACAGGAUCGAAACGCCCCCUCUAAUUAGCAUGGGGCCCCACAAUGGACUGGAACGUUCUUCUGUGUAAAAGACCGUCUCCCACGUUACGGCACUCCAAAUCGGCCACACGAGGCCGGCUGCUUCACCUUGCAUCAGAAAACGCCCACCUGUCCCAAGUGGAUUCCUUCUGAAGGGGAAAUGCUGGGGAUUUGUAGCAGGGAUGGAAGACGGGAAUCGCUACAUGGGUUCCAUCUUCGUCUCCUACACACUCCGGGAAGUGCUAUCGAAACCCCUUUUGGGGACAUCGCUGUUGGAUAGAUUUGCUGCUGCAUCUUGUACUGGAAAGUCUUCCUUCAAAAUAAAUAAAUGCCUUUUUAGUAUGGUCAGUUUAGCAUCAGCAUGCUGUAAUGCUGGCGUACACUCAAAGUGGUGGCCUGGGGGAUUGGAGGUGGGAUGUAGGAGUCUUACGUUCAGGCUGAGUAGCAGACGUUUCUGCUCCAGAGUUCCUCCCCUGAACCCGUGACAACAGCAUUCAACAUUGCUGAGUGACAUGCUCAGACUGCUUGCAUCGAUUACAAAUGGGAUUGGGAUAAUCGUAGCUCGGUGAGGAAAACUCUGCAAGGGCCUGCUUUGUACUCGCUUUCUUGCCUGAUCCUUUCCCCCGCCGCCUAUCCUCCAUGUGUCGCUCUCGCCAACACCUUGCAUUUCUUGACAAGUCAUAGUUCCUUUUAGUUCCGCCGCCUUCACUCGAUCUCCUCUCCACUUGAGUGCGGGCUCCCAAAGAUAAGACCUCAUUUUCCUGCACUCUCAGAUUACAUGCGGACUCCCAGAGCUGUCAACGGACAGCCCAAAGUCCCAGAAACUCUCGCCUCUUUUUCCAGCCAGGAGAUGACGUCAGAUUGGGGAAUCAAAGUCCUCCUGGAGACACCACAUGUCCAGAGUUCGCCAACAUAUCUUUGCGGUGAACGGCUCUUUGGCUGUCAUGCACCAGAGCCUGUUCCCUUUUAGUGAAAUUCAUGCCUGCCUCAAGGAAAGAUCCUCCCUAUAUAAUACACCGACACCUUAGUUCUCUCCUGCCCAGUACUGUGGCAACUGGGGCCUCAGGGGAAUUAAA